AUGGUUAAAACUAUAGAAGAUAAAAAGGAAAUUGUUAGAAGUUUAAUUAGUCUUAUUUGGGAAGCUACUGAUGGAAAAAUUAAAAAAAUUGUUUUUAAUAACCAAUCACGUUCAGCAGCAAUUUUUUUAAGUGAUGACACUGAGGAUACCGAAAACUUGAAUGUAUUUGGAGUAGUUUUAAUUGCUGAAGAAACUUAUCAAAAAAUCAUCAAUGAUCUAGCUGACAUGAAGGGGAAAGAUUCUAUUGCUACUAAAGAUGUAUUCAAUAUCAAAAUAUUAAUGAGACACGAUGUUCAAACUUAUUAUUUAGAAAACUAUCAAAAAAAUAUUAAAUUGGUCGAAGACAUUGAACACUUGAAAAAUGAAAUUAAAAAUUAUGAAAUCGUUAGCAUUGCGAUUAAUGAUGGCUCUGAGAUUCAAAAAAAUAUUUUCUCAAAGCAGUCAAAUUAUAACUUCCAGUGUGGUAAUGUAUUUAAUAACGCUGAAAGACUGAAUCGUAACUUAUGCUUGAAGCAUAAACGUCUAAUUAAUAAACUUAAAGAACCCCAAAAAAAUAAUGCAGUUUUCGGAGUU